AUGUUAAAGGCGGUACUCACUGCAAUGCCAUCCUUUGCAAUGACUUGUUUCCUACUACCAGUGAGCUUGUGUACUCGAAUUCAGUCUGCUCUUACGAGAUUCUGGUGGGACUCGUCUCCGGAAAAGAAGAAAAUGUGUUGGGUAGCUUGGGUUAGACUUACAGCCCCAAAGGCUUUGGGCGAUUUAGGAAUCAGAGACAUCCAAGCCUUCAACAAGGCUCUUCUAGCGAAGCAGGCCUGGAGGAUCGUAACAAAGCCGGAGUGCUUAUUGUCAAGAGUAUUACGAGGCAAAUAUUGUAGUAAAGCUCCCUUCCUACAAAUGGAUACACCGAAAGCUGCUUCACAUGGAUGGAGAGGGAUCCUGGUGGGGAGAGAUCUGCUUGUAACCAACCUGAGCAAAGCCAUUGGAGAUGGAGAAAGUACACUGGUGUGGAAAGACCCUUGGCUAAGCAUGGACGAGCCGUUGAGACCGGUUGGUCCAAUGCAAGAGAUCCACCAAGAUCUUUGCAUCGCGGAUCUCCUUUGCAGAGGAACUACGGAAUGGAACAUACCAAAGAUACUGAGCAUCCUUCCCCAGCACUUACCGGAGAUUUUGCUUAUCAAACCGAGUGUUACAGGAGCGACAGAUUCCUACAUGUGGUUGGCUUCCAAAUCAAGGAUGUACUCAGCCAAGUCUGGCUAUUACGCAGCAACAGCAGUUGAAGCAGAUGCAAGUUUUUAA